AUUUAUAGGUGGACAUUUUACAUUAUUGUACCACAGCAAUUUAGCAAAGCUUCUAUAAGGCUGAACAAACUAAAUUGUACUGUAUUUUUGUAUUUCUAAAACCACAUUUAGAUGUGUUGUACAGAAACCUUCAGGAUGAAAACUUACAAAGAAAAAACUCCUCUAGUUUCCCUAGGGCACUUCGGAAAUGUUGUCCAGUGCACCUGUGACCAAACUUGAAUUUUCCCACCUGUAUAGCCUAGAACAAUUGUGCGACCACAAGUCAGACUCAAAGUUAAUCAUCAUCAGAAACUUCUGUGAACUGAGAAACUGAAAAAAUCUGCUUCAUUUAGCUCAAUACCAUUCAUAUACACCCUGAAAGGUUUUGAAAUGUUGCAGAAAGUCUGUCUUGUUUGGCUAUUAUUUAUGUUCGGGUUGAGCAACAGCGGAGCAUUGAAAGAUCCUCAUCCAGACCUUUCCGAUCAAGAACUUUUCUGGGGAGCAGAUCAGUAUGACUUUGCAAUUGUACUGCCUGCUGGAGGCCUCCAGUGCUACUGGCACUUUGCACACUAUGGCGAGCGCUUUUACCUCAACUUUAUGGUCCAGCUGGUAACUGGUGUGGCCCUUGAAAGACAUCUCUCUGUUAUGGUCAAUGCUCCAAGCAGCUUAUUAGUCGGCAAAGCUGACGAUGCAAGUGGUCAGAUUGCAUUCAAUGUGGAGGAGACUGGUUUUUAUCAGAUGUGCUUCAGCAAUUUCCACAAUCGUUUUGGGAGCAUGCAAGUUUUCCUGAACUUUGGCGUGUACUAUGAGGGACAAAAGAAAAUUGAGACUCAAAAAGAAGAAGAGAAGAAAAAGAAAGAAGAGGAUAUGAAACAGAUAAACAGCACAUUGUCCACCAUUGGGGAAAGCACCAUCAGGCUGCAGAAGUUUGUCUUCCACAUGUGGCGUCACUACAACUAUGAGCGAAUGAGAAGGGGUGCUGAUUUCUACUUGCUGAAGUCUAAUUCCACUUACGUGAGCACAUGGUCUGCUGUCCAGAGUCUUCUCAUUAUUACUGCUGGAUACCUGCAGCUAUACUUCCUAAAGAGGCUCUUCUACACCAAAUCAGCACAGGCUGAGAAACCUCGCUGUUAACAUCAACACCAAACCUGUGAUUGUUUAAAUGACCGGUCUGGACAUGAGAAUUACCCUCAUAAUGUCCCUUUUCUUUUUCUAGUGUUCUCUUUUGUUAUACAUGCUGUGGAAACCCAAAUAAAGUCAGAGCUGUUCUCAAAUUUCAAGAUUUUUUUUUCUUUG